AUGGUGUCGCGGUCAGGUCUGCUGCUCCUAACAGCAGCCCUCCUCUUCGGAGGCCCCUCGCUUGCUUUGGCUGCCGACGACAAGACCCCGACGACCACAGCCUGCACCGCAAUAUCCACAAAGGGCGGGUCAUUCUUCGACCUACGGCCAGACAUCGCCGUCGCGAAAAAGGACGGCAAGCACCAGCAGCGGGCGUCGACGGAGGACUACACGGUCAAGGGCUACGAUUACAACUACAAUUUCACGCUCAACAUCUGCGAGGCCGUGCUGAAGACGCCGGAGAGUAUCGUUGGGGUAGACGAGAGCCUGUACAGGAACGUCAGCGCCUACUAUACAGCAAAUAAUGGGAGGGUGUACUCGAUAGGGCAGCAGAACGCAACACUCACGCCGCGGGGCAGCCAACUUGUUCUCCAGUACUCGAACGGCUCACCAUGUGGUCCAUCGUCGAGCUCGAGCAUAUCCAGACGGGCUGCCGCAGUCCACGAGGGCGCAGCCUACAAAGAUUAUAUCGAUGAGGAUGUGUCGUACGGCAGUUCCGCCAAGAGUGGCAGCAGUGGCAGCAGCAGUGGCAGCGGUAGCAGCUACACGAGUUCCCUAGACACAGUGACGAUCGCAAAGGACGACACGCGCCGCAAGUCAGCCACCAUCGCCUUCCGCUGCGACCGCGACUCUGUCAGCUCGACGCCUGUCAUCUCGUUCGUCGGCGCCGACCCAGACGAGUGCAAUUAUGUCUUUGUCGUGCGCUCGCAGCAUGCAUGUGCCGGCGUCGAGCCGCACAAGCCGGGCAGCGUGGGACCAGGUGGUGUGUUUGCCAUCAUCAUGAUCAUCGCCAUCAUUGUGUACUUUGCUGGUGGAAUGUUCUACCAGCGGAACGUGGUUAAUGCCAGGGGCUGGAGGCAGCUGCCAAACUACACCUUUUGGGCUGGGAUCUGGAGCUUCAUCACGGACUUCUUCGUCAUUCUUACGUCUUCGUGCGCAAGAUUUCUUCCUAGCCAUCGAGGUUACCACUCGCUGUCAAGAUCACCAAACGGACGAGGGAUGGGCAGGAGUAGGGAAGAUGAGGACAGGCUGAUUGGGCAGCUGGACGAAGAAUGGGACGACUGAGCUAAGAACUUUAUACCUCAGUACCAUGUAUCUCUGGAUGCAGAGACUUUGGAAAAUAAUCAAAGCAAAGAAAGAGAAGAAAAAAAUAUACCAUGGGAAGGUUGGAAAUUGACGGCGUUCAUCACACAAGGUAGAAGAAAGGUACAGAGCCAUUUUUGUGUGUCUUACCCUUUCAACCCUCUGUUCAUACAUCGGAGCAUAUGGAGUUUGAUCUAUGUUCAGCAAUUACUACUGUCUACACAUAUCCCUCCC